GCGGAUGGUGAUCCGGAAGUGGUUCCCCCUUUGUUCUGCUGGUGCAAGAUGGCCGAACCUGAGAGUGAGGAGUACCCCACCGAGAUUCACGAGUUCCUGGUGGGAUUCGAGGAGUCCCUGAAAUCCGCCGAUGGGACGCUGCAGUCUUUGAUGUCGGUGCCCCGGAGCGAGCUGCUGCAAAAGUUGGGCCCUCUUGAACAAGCCAAGUUAGAUUUGGCCUCUGCUUAUGCAUUGAAUUCUAUGUUUUGGAUAUAUCUCAUUACACAAGGAAUCAAUCCUAAAGAACAUGCAGUCAAACAGGAAUUGGAGCGAAUAAGAACGUACAUGAACAAAGUGAAAGAAAUAACAGACCGCCAGAAGGCAUCACGACUGGACAAGGGAGUGGCCUCGCGCAUUGUCCGACAUGCACUGUGGGAUGCAAAGCCUGAAGGACGGUCAAAAACGCCAUCCAAAUCCUCCCAUCGUUGAAAAUACAAGAAAGAGAGAUCAGCAUUGUCAAAAUAAAUGAGAAGGAACUUUUGGAACUUUUCUCUGUAACACCACUGGGUGUCAGCAAUGUUUAACAACAUUAUAACUGCUUUCUACGUGCAAAUUCUAAAUGGAUAAGAUUUUGUUUUUUUUUUGGUGAAUUUACAAGAAACCAGUCACUGUAGGCAUAAGCAAAAGCAUUCUUCGAGUGUAACAUUUAAGAACUUCUAAUUUAAGAAAAAGUAUAGUUUUUUUUUUUCUAAGCACCUACUUUUUUUUUGUAAGGAGUUGAUCUCCGUUCUAAGGUUAUCAAUUUACUAAUGAAAGGUUGUUUCCAAUAUGAGUACAUCAGUACAUGCUGCAGUGGUUUGAUGGGCAAUCGUGAGAAAUGUGGCCUCUCUGCUUUCAGUUUUAUCACCCUCAUCCAACCCCCACCACCCUUUUAGUUUGGAUAAAGAGCAAAUUAUUUAUGAUUUUAAUAAAUAAAUUAAAAUAAA